AGAGAGCACCAACCAGCUGGUCUGCGAGGGGUGGGUCUGCCUGGCACUGUAAGCUUCAUCUGCAUAGGAGGCAGGGACCAAGCUCCUGAAAGACAGCGCUGGCUAGGGAGCCGAUUCCAUUGCUUUUUAUAUUCCUCCUCUUGUGGAUUGGGGAUAAACUGCAGGCAGGAGGGGCUGAGAGCAGCUCCAGUAACACCCGGCUGCCGGAUUUCAGUAGUAUGGCAUCAAGGAGAAUGGAGACCAAGCCAGUGAUAACGUGUCUGAAAACCCUGCUAAUAAUCUACUCUUUCGUCUUCUGGAUUACCGGAGUUAUUCUUCUAGCUGUUGGCGUUUGGGGAAAACUUACAUUGGGCACAUACAUCUCUCUUAUUGCAGAAAACUCCACCAAUGCUCCCUAUGUCCUCAUCGGAACUGGCACAACAAUCAUUGUCUUCGGCUUGUUUGGCUGCUUUGCCACUUGCCGUGGUAGCCCAUGGAUGUUAAAACUGUAUGCUAUGUUUUUGUCCCUGGUGUUCUUGGCGGAGCUGAUUGCUGGCAUUUCAGGUUUUGUGUUUCGACAUGAGAUAAAGGAUACUUUCCUUAGGACGUACACCGAGGCUAUUCAGAACUACAAUGGCAAUGAUGAAAGGAGUCAUGCAGUUGACAAUGUUCAGGAGAACUUGAAGUGUUGCGGCAUUCAGAGCUACACCAACUGGACCAGCAGCAGCUAUUGGCUUACAAAUGGAUUCCCACCCAGCUGCUGUGCCAACAUUUCUGAUUGCAAUCCAGCAGAUUUGCGUAACAUGACCAUCGCUUCCACUAAAGUGUAUCAAAGUGGUUGCUAUGAGCUGGUGACUGACUUUAUGGAGACUAACAUGGGAAUCAUAGCUGGGGUGGCUUUUGGAAUUGCAUUUUCACAGCUAAUUGGAAUGCUCUUAGCAUGCUGUCUCUCACGGUUUAUCACUGCAAAUCAGUACGAGAUGGUGUAACAAGGGGUAAUACGAAAGCCGGUUUUAAAAUCGGGAGAUGAAGGACUCAAGGAGGAUUUUCUAAGAAUGUUAGAGCACACAUCCACCUAUCACUCUGUGUUUCCUACUAUAUACCAUUUUUGUAGUGUAACCAUCUGUUCAAGUACAGCUGUGCCAUAGCCUGUUUAGUGUCCAACUGCACACACCUCCUUUUCUGAAGGCUUUUCAUAUGAUGGCACUGUGUGUAUGUGUGUUCUUAAUCAUACAGUAGUCGUAUUGUUACUAUGAUAACCCAUUAACUGCCUCGACCUGGCUGUGCAUGCAGUGGCUGAUACGGGACAACAAUGUCUUUACUAGUGGUUUUAAUAAAUGUUCACACAUUUAUAUAAAUCCGUACAUGGAGAAAAAAACAAAACAAAUAUAGCCUAUCUAAUCUUUUUUUAUAUAUAUAUAUAUUUAUUUACAAGGCAUUCUUAUGUUUUCUUUCAGCAUUUACUACACUCGGAUACCACAUUAAUAAAUCUGUGAUAUUACAAUACUUGAAAAGUAAUGUUAAGAUAUGUUGUGCUUUUAAUUAGAUCCAAGGCUCCGGAGUCGGAAUGCUAAUUGGAUUCUCACUGUGUACUAUAUGCUUAUUUGCUUCUAUUAUCUUUUGUCUAGUGAUUUUCUUUUUUUUCUUUUUUUUCAUGGGAACCUGAAUCUGUGUAUCACUGUUACUAAACUGUUGUUGCUUACUGUGAGGGCAGUGUAGAAAUGCUUCUUUUUAUCCUCUCGUAUCCAAAAUAAUCGAAAUCGUGCUGUGAUGCCUCUAUUGUCUCUAUUCCUUCCCCCCUCUUCUCCUCUUCGCUUUUUCGAGUUGCAGCAACCAAAUAAUAUUUUCAGGUCAGUGUGAAAACAAGUACAUAGGUAAGAACUUGAAGUGAAAAUGUUCUAACCUUUUUAAAGAUAAAUUAAAAUUAUUUUUUUUUUUAUAAUGUCUCCACCUAGCAUGCUGAGGAAAAAAAUGCUUUGAUAUUGUGAGCAUUUGUGAUAUACACAUUAAUAAACUGAACUAUGAUGUA